CGUCAGUCACAGUGCCACGUCAGCAUGACGGGUCCAGCAAUGGGCCUGCCAGGCCAACUGGCCAAUGAGUCCAUUGCCGACUACAAACAGCGCUUCCAGGCUGAGCUCGCUUUCAUCGAGGCUGAGGAACAACGUCAGCUGGCAGCCGAGGCUGCCCGCCUACAGGCUGAAGCAGCGGCUACAGGCCAAAGCAGACGCAGAUGCCCAGGCUUGCCGCAAGGAAGCCCAGGAUCUGCUGCAGCGACAUGCAUGAAGCCACUGCUGCAGCGGCAUGAAGCCAACAACAUCGAGAGACUCAAGUUUUGGCACUUUGAACCGAACGGCGACGACGCAACACCGGAAGAGCAGCAUAAGGAGUUCCUCUCCAAACUUGUGACACGGUUGUUGUAUGCUUGCAACUACCAACGGUCCGAGUUAGAGAGACAGAACCAGGAACUGCAGCAACAGUACCAGGAUCUGAAGACACAACACCAGGAGUUAGCGAACCUCCGCCGGAUAGUGCAGAGCCACGAGGAUGCAACACGGGCACUCAAUUCCUGUGUACUGGACCUGGAACAAGCUGUACCAGGACCAGAUGCUGGGGCUUCCAGCAGUGCACCCUCUAGCCGCCAACUGGAGGAACGCCUUGACCACGUAGUGGCAAUGCUGGGCGACAUCAGCACCUUCGCGGCGCCAACCACCAUCAGCAGCCAGCUGGACACGUUGAAGACCGAGGUCCAGCAAUUGCAGUCGACGAACUCGGAUGGCAAUCCAAAGCUAUGCCAGACCUGGUUGACCCACCUGGCAGCCACCCACGGCGUCGACGUUGCGGAUCUGAAAGAUAAGAUUACAUGGAAAGAGUUAACACGGCUGUGGAAGAAGCGGUUCAUCAUCGACGACGCACCAGCACUCGCCAUCAACCGUCUCUUCACCAUGUCUCAGGGCAACACAGCAACACGUGACUGGCUCACGGAAUGGCAGAGGAUCGCGGCCGUGCCCGAUCUGGACUUACCAUUCACGCAUCUACGCCGUGAGUUCUACAAUAGGUCAUGCGCUGCGCUGAGCCAGGCACUUGGUGAUCGCGAGCAGUAUACCACUUUCGCCGAGAUCAUUGACAAGGCGAGAGAGAUCAUCAAGACCAAUAGGGCAGCUGCACACGAGAAGUCAACGUGGCAGCCGACCUAUGUGGAGAAGGUAAAGACUGGUCCGCGACCGCAGCACUUCACUACAGUCCAAUCGGACAGUGGAGAAGACCCAGCAACCACUCUAGCAUCACGUGACGGAGAUCAGAUGGCUGCUGUCCAGCCACGAAGCAACAACAAGUCCCGGAACAAUGGGAAGGCGAAACCAGCAUCGCAGGCCGGAAAUGGACAGCCAGCACCAUCGGUCAAGUUUAGCUUGACCGAGGCGGAGUACAAGUACCGCGGCCGCUACGGCUGCUGCUACUGGUGCAACAGCACCAAGCACAAGACCUCCCUUUGCCAAGAUCAGGCCAAGGAGGAUGUGCGACCCCCUUCGCCGCCAUCUAUCGCCGGGGAUUCGACGUCAUGGUCAAGACUUGAAGAGCUCGACCUAUUGAUGUUCGCGGACUUCCAAUGGAUGCCCGUUCCCUCGACCGGACGAUUGCCGAAACCGCAUUGCAACGUGCUCAUGGCACAACUGCGGGAUUACUUGCACAAUGCAGUACCGACUCCGUUGAUGGACGCCAGAGUAAAGGUUGUCGACCUUCACGCCUACAUUGCGAAGAUCGACCGCGAGUUCAAGACGCAACGGUACGACGACAUUGACGCACCAUUGCUAUAUGUAUGCAUUCAGAUUGGAGAGGCGACCUGCAGCGCUUUGAUCGAUUGCGGAGUAUCUUGCAACUACAUCAGCCAGGACUUCAUGGUGCGCGCCGGCCUUGGCCCACGCGUCCGGAGGAAGUCCCAGCCUACGCAAGUCACGUUGGCGGACGGUCACACACACAAGUCAAUCGACCGGUGUAUUGAUGACGUCCCAGUGUACUUUGCCCCUCAUGCAAGUGAGGCGGUUCCCUUUGACAUUCUGGACACCAAAUUCGACAUGAUCUUGGGCAUGUCAUGGCUGCGAAGCGAGGAUCACCCGGUGAACUUCUACCACCGCACAGUUCACAUUCGUGAUCGGAACGUAGUACUAGUCCCAUGCACGGUGCCUCUUCCUCAUCCUUUGAUCAGUUGCCACGUGGUAUCCGCCGCAAGCAUGCGAGCUUCCAUCAUCAGAGACGACAUCGAGGAGAUGGGGGUGUGUUUUCUCCACGCCCUCCCGCCCCAUGACGCUUCACCGAUGGACUCGUCUUCGGAUCCACGCAUCACCGAACUUCUCGACGCCUACAGCGACGUGUUCGAAGGCCCGCACGGAGUAGUACCGGAUCGGCCCAUCCGCCACGAGAUCAUCCUCGAGGACGGGGCCGUACCUCCGCGCGGUUGCAUCUACCGAAUGAGCGAGGAAGAGUUAAGUGUGCUUCGGGCACAACUCGACGACCUUCUGGAGAAAGGCUGGAUUCGGCCUAGCUCAUCGUCAUACGGUGCUCCUGUUCUCUUCGUCCGGAAGAAGAACAAGGAUUUGCGGUUGUGCAUCGAUUAUCACAAGCUCAACUCGCAAACGAUCAGAAACGCCGGCCCUCUCCCACGCAUCGACGAUCUUCUCGAGCGACUGGGCGGCGCCAAGUUCUUCUCUAAGCUGGACCUCAAGUCGGGAUAUCACCAACUCGAGAUUCGGAAGGAGGAUCGCUACAAGACCGCGUUUAAGACGCGAUAUGGGCAUUUCGAAUGGCUGGUUAUGCCAUUUGGCCUUACGAAUGCCCCGACCACUUUCCAAGCGGCUAUGACAACGGAGUUCCGACACAUGCUGGAUCGAUUCAUACUUAUCUACCUCGACGACAUCCUGGUGUACAGCCGGAGUUUGGACGAGCAUGUGAAACACCUGCGCACCGUUUUGGAGCGGCUACGACAGGCCAAGUACAAAGCCAACCGCGACAAGUGCGAAUUUGCGCGGCAGGAGCUGGAGUACUUGGGACAUUAUGUGACGCCGCAAGGCAUCCGUCCGCUUGCGGACAAGAUCGAGGCCCUACGAGUAUGGCCCGAGCCCACCAACACCACAGACGUUCGUUCAUUCAUGGGAUUGGCGGGCUACUAUCAACGAUUCAUCAGCGGAUACUCGAGGAUUGCUGCACCUAUGACGAGAUUACAAUCGCCAAAGGUGCCAUUCAUAUUCGAUGACGACGCAUGCCGGUCAUUCCAAGCACUUAAGACGACUAUGCUCAUGGCACCCGUCCUUAGCAUCUAUGACCCCACCCUGCCGACGAGAGUGACUACGAAUGCUUCCGGCUAUGGCAUUGGGGCAGUCUUGGAACAACACGAUGGCGACGACUGGCACCCUGUGGAGUAUUUCAGCCACAAAGUGCCUCCCAUCAACUCGCUUGAUGAUGCAAGGAAGAAGGAGCUGCUCGCAUUCGUCAUGGCUCUCAAGCGAUGGCGACACUUCCUCCUUGGGCGUCGUAGGUUCACAUGGGUGACGGACAACAAUCCAUUGACCUACUAUAAGACGCAGGAUACGGUGAGCAGCACGAUCGGACGAUGGAUGUACUUCAUCGACCAAUUUGACUUCACACCGAAACAUCUUCCCGACCUCUCAAAUCGCGCAGCAGAUGCACUCUCGCGAAGACCUGAUCUUUGCGCUAUGACACAUCAUGCCUUCACAUUCGACGAGGAGCUUCAACGACACUUCAUCAGGGGCUAUGAGUCCGAUCCAGAUUUCGCCACGCUAUAUGCGCAGCUAUCUUCGGAUCACCCACCGGCCAGCCACUAUCGCAUCGCCGAUGGGUACUUGCUCCUGCACUCGCGGGGCAAGGACUUACUAUGUGUCCCACGCGACCGYCGUCUUCGGACUCGCCUCCUCGGCGAGUAUCAUGAUUCGCGACUCGCUGGCCAUUUCGGAGUCGACCGCACUAUUGCACGGCUUCGACAACGAUUCCGAUGGCCAUACCUCAUCACCGACGUCACGAGAUAUUGCGACUCUUGCGAAGUUUGCCUACGAAGCAAACCCCGCAACCGCAACCCCUACGGCGAGCUGCGCCCGAUGCCGAUCCCGCAGGAACCCGGUCUCUCCAUUGCCAUGGAUAUCACCGGACCAUUCCCCCGCGACCGCCUCGGACACGACGUCAUCCUCACGGUUGUGGACCGUUUGAGUAAGUAUGCGCGUUUUCUCCCUUGCAAGUACUACUCCACGGCUCCCGAGCUGGCACGCCUCUUGCACACCGGUGGCAUCCUCACGGUUCUGGAGCGUUUGAGUAAGUAUGCGCGUUUUCUCCCUUGCAAGUUCUACUGCACGGCUCCCGAGCCGACACGCCUUUUGCACACCGGUUGGAUUUGUGGCCACGGUGUACCGGAAGACAUAGUCAGCGACCUCGACACUCGUUUCAUGUCGGCAUUUUGGACUGCUCUCAUGCAGGAGUCCGGCACGAAGAUGAAGCCAAGUUCGGCUCGACAUCCACAGACAGACGGGCAGACGGAGCGGGCACAUCAAACCGCUCAAAUGAUGCUUCGUACGCUCAUCCGUCCGGAUGAGAAAGAUUGGGUUGACCGCCUCCCCGACAUCGAGUUCGCCUACAACACUUCGGUGCACCCGACGAUCGGCGUGACUCCAUUCGAGUUGCACCACGGUGGACGGAAAGGCCGUAUCUUCGCCGACCUUCUCCUCCCACGACCAGCCGACAUCGAUGCCGCUUGCUCUCCCGCUUCCGUUCGGAAGUACAGGGAAUUGCUGGCUCAAGCCCGCGCGAAUAUGCAAAAGGCUCAAGUCCGCAUGCGGCAGCAAGCCAACAGGCAUUGCGUGCCAUGUCCCAUCCGCGCCGGCGACCUGGUUUGGGUUUCCGUGGAAGAGUUUGCACUGGAACAGGAGGUUUCACGCAAACUACUUCCCAAGUGGUUUGGACCAUGGCCCGUAACAUCAGCCGCGGGCGAUGAGCCCGAUGGCCCUUCAUUUGUGAUCAACAUUCCCCCGCAUCUGACG